AUGGGGCUCUGCUUGCUCCAUCUUCACCGCACGCUGCUGCUGCUGCUCAAUUUUCUUCCCUUUCCUCGCUUCCUCUCCUCUUCCCAUCUCGCCCCCACCGUUCUGCCUCCACCUGCCUCUCUCCACCUCUGCCGUCCCUUCCUCCCAUCUAUCCACCCCAAGCCCCUCCCCUCCACCCCCCAUCUGUCCCUGCCUUACCGUGCCUGCUUCUCCUCACGUCUGCUCUCACUUUCUUUCCACGCCACCCCUCCUGCCCCCGCACCCCUCGUGUCCCCACCCCCCUGUUCCGCCCCCCUGUUCCGCCCCCCUGUUCCGCCCCCCUGCACGCCCAUCCGCUGCCAGCGUGCUCAUGAGCAACAGCUUCACAGGGCCCUUCCCACGCACCCUCUCUCGCCCUCACCUAUUCACUUCCUCUGCACAGCAUCGCCCCCUGUGCCCCCGCUCGGCCUCCCGUCCCCCCUCUGCCUUGUGGGCAUGGCAUGGAACGGCUUCUCAGGUGCGCUGCUGGACCACAUCAGCGCCCUCUCGUCCCUUCAAUUCCUGUACUGCCUCUCACGCACGCCGUCUCACUGCACUCUGCGUAGCGCUUCCAGCCUACCCCCUUUCACGGCUUGCACUGUCGUUACAUCACUGCGCUGUGUCUCCUGUGCCCCUCGCAUCCUCUCAUCGCUUGUCUCCCUCUCAGCACAUGCGUCUGACCCAUGCCAUGCCUUGCACAUGUCCCUUCCGUGUGGCACUGGCACCAUCACCAUCAGCUAUGCGCCAGGCAACGCCAUCUCAGGAAGCAUCCCCGCCUCCAUCAGCGCCCUCUCCUGCCUCGAGUACCUUGAGCUGCAGGACACGGCCAUUUCGGGCGAGCUGCCUCGCUUCCUCACAGCUCUCACGCGACUCACCACCCUGUGCGCCCCUCCCCGCCCUGUUCGCCCCUCACCACCCUGUGCGCCCCUCACCACCCUGUGCGCCCCUCCGCACCCUUUAUGCCAUUUCUCCAUCUCUACUUUCUUCCAUCUCAACCUCCUUCCAUCCCUUCCAACCGAUUCAUCCAACGAGUGUUGCUUUAACCCACUCCUUGCCUCCCAUUUUGUUGCUGCCUUUCAUUUCUCUUCCACCCCCUCUCCCACUUCGCCUCACCCCGCCUUCUGUCCCGUGCCUUCUCCGUUUACCAACCCUCAUCCCACUCACCACACCAAUCCUAAGGAGCGCCCCCCCCCUGCCCGCACAUCCCCCUGGCUGACAUCCUCAGAGCCACGAAUGGGUGGGCGGAGGGGCGGAGGGUGGGGGGAGGCAGGUGGGGUGACGUGUACCGGGGGGAAUGGGUGGAGGGGGGGGAUGGGGGGUCGCAGGGGGGGAAGGAUGGGGAGGGAACAGGAGCGAAGAAGCAGGAAGGGGGAGAGGUGUCGGGGGGGGGCGCAGGGGAAAGGGGGGGUGAGUGACAAGGGGAAAGGGUCGAAGGGGAAGCGGAAGGGGCAGGGGAAAGGGUGGCAGGAGAAGCGGUUUCCAGGGGCAAGGAUGGGGAAGGGGGGGAGGCGGGGGGACAAGUGGGCAGUGAAGCGCAUGAGGGGGGGGGCGCAUGGGGCAGAGAGGGCGGAGUUUGAGGCUCAUGUGGCGGGCUUGGCGCGGCUAGGCCACCCCAACGUGCUGGCGCUCGUGGGGUGGUGCUUCUGGGAGGGCGCAGAGGGGGGAGACGCGGGGGUGGAGGUGGCAGGGGGGGAGGGGAGGAGGAGGGGAGCAGGCGGGGGGGGCGAAAGGAGGGAGGCACAUGGUGGGGUUGAGGGCGAGGGUGGCGUGCGGGAGGGAGGGCAGCAGGAAGAGCAGGGUGUGCAGGGUGGGGAGGUUGAGCAGCAAGGGGGCGUGGAUGGGCGGGGGAAUGAGGUGGUGUUGGUGUACGAGUGGAUGGAGCGGGGCAGCCUGCAGGCAGCACUGCAGCCUGAGAGGCCUUCCUUGUCAUGUCAUGUGCUUCCAUUCACUCACCAGUCUCCCGCUCACCACUCGCCCCAAUCCAUCCGCUCUGCUCUCACAACAGCACCUCAUGCCUGUCCCAUCACGCAGGCCUUUUUCUUUCUUCACCACCCGUGGUCGUGUCGAUCAUCCCCAACCACCACCAUUGUGGCAGGCGCCCGUCCGUUGUCGCUGCAGCAGCGGGUGGGCGUAGCAGUGGGCGUGCUGAGGGCGCUCAAGGCAGUGCAGAGCCACGGGCAGGUGCAUGGCGACCUCAAGCCCUCCAACGUGCUGCUCAGGGCCUCCUUUGAGGUGCGUGCGUCUUUUGAGCCGCGUGUGGGCAACUGGAGUGUGGUGCACAUGGGGCGGCGCGUGCACUUGGACAUGGGCAUUUGUGGGAGUGCUGCUGCUACAGCUGCUCACAGGGUGGGCGGGUCCCAUCAGGCAUGUGGAUGGGCAGCGCACCCACAUCUACCACUGGGUGCGCCCAGCAGCACCUAUCAGCCGGGGACUCCGCAGGCAGGCAGGGGGGAGACACGGGGGGAACAGGAGACUGGGAGGGGGGAGGAAGCGGAGAGGAUUGGGGGGACAGUGCAUAUGGGGGGAGCGGGGGGAGUUGGAGCAGGCUAUUCAGGGGGGGAAGUGCCGGGGGAAGGGGGGAGUGGAGCGUUGGCAGUGCGCUGGGUGCCAGGCUGGCGAUCCUUGGUUCAGAGGAUAGUAGGGAGUGUGUGGUGGGAGGUGUUGUCUCUUCUCGUGAAGUAG